UCCCAAGAUGGCCGGCGUUCGAGCCUUGGGUGUACUCUCUAGACUCUCAACAAGGAGAUAUACGCUGUUUACAGGUGUUUCACAUAGGAACUUCACAGUUGCAUCUUCCAUGUUGGCUCGCACCCAUGUGAAUUAUGAGAUCAAGGGAGAUGUGGCAGUUGUUCGUAUCAACGAUCCAAAUUCAAAGGUAAAUACCCUGUCAAUUCAAAUGCAAAAUGAAAUGACAGAAGUUAUAAAUGAGAUUUGGGGCAACGAUGCCGUCCAAAGUGCCGUUCUCAUCUCCUCUAAACCUGGCUGCUUCAUCGCAGGGGCUGACAUCAACAUGAUCCAGGCUUGCACCAGUGCAGAAGAGGUAACCAGACUCUCUCAGGAGGGGCAGAAGAUGUUUGAGAAAAUUGAAAAAUCUCCAAAGCCCAUAGUUGCUGCUAUCAAUGGCUCGUGCCUUGGAGGAGGGUUGGAGUUGGCCAUUGCCUGCCAGUACCGAAUCGCCACCAAGAACAAGAAGACAGUCCUGGGUACCCCUGAGGUCAUGCUUGGCCUUUUGCCUGGAGCAGGAGGAACUCAGAGAUUGCCAAAAAUGGUUGGUCUUCCUAGUGCCUUUGACAUGAUGCUAACAGGGAGGAACAUCCGUGCAGAUAAAGCUAAGAAGAUGGGUCUCGUCCACCAUUUGGUUGAUACACUUGGACCUGGACUGAAGAGUCCAGAGGAAAGGACCAUUGAAUACCUGGAGGAAAUAGCUGUGGACUGUGCCAGAGGAAUCGUCAACAAGAAAAUCCCCCUCACCAAAGAGAAAAGUCUGAUGCAGAAAAUACAAGACUACGUCAUGAGCUUUGAGUUUGUGCGACAACAGAUUUACAACACUGUACAGAAGAAGGUCAUGAAAAUGUCGAAAGGACUGUAUCCUGCACCACUGAAGAUUAUUGAGAGUGUGAAAGCUGGUGUGGAGCAGGGCUCAGUUGCGGGUUACCUUGCAGAGUCACAGAACUUUGGCAAGUUGGCGAUGACCCCUGAAUCAAAAGCUCUUAUUGGGCUGUACCAUGGCCAAGUGACGUGCAAGAAGAACCGAUUCGGAGCUCCUGAGAGGGAGUUGAAAACGCUGGCUAUUUUGGGGGCAGGGCUGAUGGGAGCUGGUAUUGCCCAGGUGACUGUUGAUAAGGGCAUUAACACCAUCCUGAAGGAUACUACAGUGGAGGGACUUAACAGGGGACAACAACAGGUCUACAAAGGGCUGAACGAUAAGACCAAGAAGAGAAGCAUUACGUCUUUUGAGAGAGACAGUAUUCUGUCUAACCUGACCGGACAGCUGGACUACAGUGGCUUUGAGAAGGCUGAUAUGGUCAUUGAGGCCGUGUUUGAAGACCUCAGCAUUAAGCACAAAGUCCUGAAAGAAGUAGAGGCAGUCAUUCCCCCCCAUUGCAUAUUUGCCUCCAACACAUCUGCUCUUCCGAUUAAAGACAUCGCUGCUGCCAGUAAACGACCUGAGAAGGUAAUAGGAAUGCACUACUUUUCGCCAGUGGACAAGAUGCAGCUAUUGGAGAUUAUUACCACUGACAAAACCUCCAAGGACACCACAGCUUCUGCCGUGGCCGUCGGCCUGAAACAGGGCAAAGUCAUCAUCGUAGUCGGAGAUGGGCCUGGGUUCUACACCACCAGAUGCUUGGCUCCCAUGUUGGCUGAAGCAGUCAGAGUGCUCCAGGAGGGUGUUGACCCUAAGAAAUUAGACUCCUUGACAACAGGCUUUGGUUUCCCUGUGGGAGCAGCCACGCUGGCUGAUGAAGUAGGGAUUGAUGUGGCUGCCCACGUGGCAGAAGACCUGGGCAAGGCCUUUGGCUCCCGAUUUGGUGGAGGAAAUGUAGAAGUUUUAAAGACCAUGGUGGAAAAAGGAUUCAAGGGCCGCAAGUCAGGAAAGGGAUGUUAUGUCUACCAGCCUGGACUCAAACACAAAGAUGUGAACCCAGAAAUUGAGGAGAUUCUGGAGAAGUUUAAAAUGACACCUAUUCCAGCAGUGUCCUCAGACUCAGAUGUGCAGUACAGGCUGGUAUCUCGCUUUGUGAACGAAGCUGUUCUGUGUCUGCAGGACGGCAUCCUGAACAACGCUGUGGAGGGAGAUAUAGGAGCAGUGUUUGGCCUUGGUUUCCCUCCUUGCCUUGGAGGUCCCUUCCGAUUUGUGGAUAGCUUUGGCGCGGACAAAUUAGUGGAGAAGAUGAGGAGGUUUGAGGAGGUUUACGGCAAUCAGUUCACUCCCUGCCAGCUGCUUCUCGAUCAUGCUAACGACCCGAGCAAGAAAUUUCACAAGUGACUUUUACCAUCAUGUGCCACAUUUUGAGAAUCCAUGGAAUUCCUGACCUUUUAAACAGACUGUGAGAAAGAGAUGUGGGUGUGUGUGUGGGGGGGGAAUUAGUUGUGCACUUAAAGCAGGAGUUCGUUUUGUGGCGUGAUCAUGCAAAGCGGCUUCUUUUUGUUCAUCCAAGAGAUGAAUUCCUUAUCAAAUGUUUUCCUCCCCAAGAUGCCUUUAGCAUGACAAAUAUUCAGGUAGCCUUUGGCAACGGGAGUGUCUUUUUUUAAUCACAUUUAACAAUGUCAUUUUUGGUUUGGAAUUUUUUUUUGUAAAUUUAGUAUUUUGUUUUUUUGUCUAAUAACACUGUAAAAAUUGAAUAGUCAUCCAACUUGGAGCCCAUUCCAGUGCAACAGUUUUGGAGAUGGUGAGAAAACAAAAAUGAGUCCAUCUUCAGUAUUCCAUUGUAGUGUACAAUAAUUUACAUCUGAUAGUGGAGAGACACUGUCAGAUGUGAGAUGUUAACUGGUACCUAAUUAAUGCCAUCCCUAUGGGCAGAGAGAUGUGAAAAUUUUCUGACAUAAAUAAAAGAGGAAUGUCCAAAAUGAUGCACUUGUGUAAAUGUUGCCAAAAAAGACAUUCAAGGAAUAAACACACAUACCAAGGUUUUA